AUGGCCGCCGGCCGUCGCAGCUUCUCCUCCUACCUCGUCACCCCCAAGGAGCUGGACGAGGCCAUCAAGAAGAACCCGCCGUCUCCCAUCAGCACAGACUCGCGCGUGAUCCCUCUCUGCGCAUCAUGGUUCCUGCCCAACGAUGAGCGUACGGGCAUCCAGACGUUCCGCGAACAGCGCAUACCCAAGGCGCGCUUCUUUGACAUUGACAAGGUCAUUGACAAGCGCAGCCCGUACCCGCACAUGCUGCCCAGCGCCAAGGGCUUCGCCGGCGCCAUGAGCGAGCUCGGCAUUCGCAAGGAGGAUGUCGUGGUCGUAUACGAUACCAAGGAGCUGGGCAUCUUCUCGGCGCCCCGUGUGGGCUGGACCUUGAAGAUCUUUGGCCACCAAAACGUGCACAUUCUCAAUAACUUUAAGCUGUGGGUGGAAGAGGGCUAUCCCACCGAGUCAGGAGAGCUAUACAGCGUUGAAUGCUGUCCGUACCCUAUCCCUGAGCUGGACGAGUCCAGAGUCGCCAGUUUUGAGCAUACCAAGGAGAUUGCGCAGGACCACAACAAGGAAGGCGCGGAAGGCGUGCAGAUCUUGGAUGCGCGACCCAAUGGACGAUUCACGGGCAAGGCUCCCGAGCCGCGCGAAGGUCUGUCGUCGGGCCAUAUGCCUGGAUCCAUCAACCUGCCCUUUACCGAGCUGCUCGACCCGGCCACCAAGGCGUACCCUUCGCCCGAGAAGCUGAAGAGCAUCCUUUCGAGCAAGGGUGUCGACCCCAGCAAGCCGAUCAUCUCCAGCUGUGGAACUGGCGUGACGGCUUGCGUUAUUGAAACUGCGCUUGAGGUUGCCAACUAUGGCACCCCAGAGUCGCGAAAGGUAUAUGAUGGCAGCUGGACAGAAUGGGCACAACGUGUACAAUCCAGCGAUAACCUCAUCCGCAAGUCUGAUUAG